GAGAGAGGGGAGGAGGGAGCAGGGGGCUGAGCUGAUCCCACGUGUGACGCUUUCAUUCCCGGCUCAGUAAUAUUCUCAUAGCGGGGCUUUGCAUAUCUCCUGCCCGUAUCUGUGUGUGUCUGUCACUGUGACUGUAGUCCCAGCCUAUAGUUUGAAAUAGAUAUGGAAGGAGACGGGAGUCAAGCCACAUCCGGAAGCCUAAAUGAUUCACAACAUGACCCGGGUAAAAUGUUUAUCGGUGGCCUCAGCUGGCAAACCUCACCAGACAGCCUUAGAGACUAUUUUAGUAAAUUCGGAGAAAUAAGAGAAUGUAUGGUGAUGAGAGACCCCACGACAAAACGCUCAAGAGGAUUUGGGUUUGUUACGUUUACAGAUGCUGCCAGUGUAGAUAAAGUCUUAGCUCAACAACACCAUGAAUUAGACUCAAAGACGAUUGAUCCUAAGGUUGCCUUUCCCCGUCGCGCCCAGCCUAAGAUGGUCACAAGAACAAAGAAAAUAUUUGUGGGUGGCUUGUCAGCCAAUACAGUAGUGGAAGAUGUGAAGCAGUAUUUUGAACAGUUUGGGAAGGUUGAUGAUGCCAUGCUUAUGUUUGAUAAGACGACUAACAGACAUAGAGGAUUUGGUUUCAUAACUUUUGAGAGUGAAGACAUCGUAGAGAAAGUCUGUGAAAUUCAUUUUCAUGAAAUCAAUAACAAAAUGGUAGAAUGUAAGAAGGCCCAGCCCAAGGAGGUGAUGUUCCCACCAGGUACACGAGGGCGAGCCAGGGGUCUGCCCUACACCAUGGAUGCCUUCAUGCUGGGGAUGGGCAUGCUGAGUUACCCUAAUAUUGUGGCAACAUAUGGCCGCGGAUACACUGGAUUCGCACCCAGCUACAGCUACCAGUUCCCUGGCUUCCCAGCGACAGCAUACGGACCGGUGGCGGCAGCGGCAGUAGCAGCAGCGCGUGGCUCAGGUAGGGGGGCCCGUGGAAGAGGCGGCUACUUGGCGUACCCACAGAGCACAGGGCCAGGCCUCCCCGAUUAUGGGUUUUACUCUGCGCCCAGUGACCAGAGGGGGGGGCCCUGCUCCUUUGCUGACUAUGGCUCCCUGGGGCCCCAAGCGGCUCAGAUGCUGCACAGUGAGCAUGCCACCUCCGCCUGCAACUCCCCCCUCCAGCACCUACACAGCCCGGAUCAAUUUAAGAACCCAGGCACCAACCCAUCGAGGCCCGGAGGUUUCCCCGGCGCUAACAGUCCAGGGCCGGUGGCCGACCUGUACGGACCUAGCAGCCAGGACUCGGCUGUGGGCAACUACAUCAGUGCUGCUAGCCCUCAGCCUGGCUCUGGGUUUGGCCCCAGCAUCACAGGCCCGUUGAUUGCGACAGCUUUUACAAAUGGAUACCAUUGAACAGGUGGCCGGUUGCCAUCUCAUCAGAGCAGAGUAUAUCUGGUGGCCCAGGAAAGACAGGACGAAGUUUCUAAUUGGCUUUGUGUGCAGGUGAUGCUAUCCAACUUCAAGCACUACAGCAUCACCCGGGCAAAAAGAACGAAAGUUUGGGGGAAAACCAUAUGAAGAAGAAAAGAAAACGUUAGUCAUCUCAGAAAAAUAACAACUGCUGUACUAUAAUCCAAACCUCCUAUAACUUUACAACCUGGUUUGGUAUGAUGUUUCACGUCAAUUUCAUUCACCUGUUUCCUUCCUCUUGUUUAGCUCUUUUUCUGUUUUCGAUGAGUUUUUUUUUUUUUAGGGGAAGUUAUUUUAGUUUUAAACCUUUUUAAUUUCGUGUCAUUUUAUUUUAAUCUUAUAGUAUCUUUGUGUAAAUGGAGUUUGUUUUUGUUUGUUUUUUGUUUGGAAGUACGGGAGGGGGGAGGGGUCAUAGCCAAGAAUAUCUGCAAGUCAUGUCUUCAUCUUCGUAGUGUCAAAAGGCGAAAUGAUUGGUGUGUUCCAGUCUUUCCUGCGAUUAAAAAAGAAAAGCUCAGUGUGGAGAGACUCCGAGGAAAAAAACAACAAAAAAAGAAACAUUUUAAGGACAAAUUUAAAGAGGGUAUCUAAGUAAUAAAUCUUAGUAGCUGUUUUA